AGGGAUAUUUCUUUUAUCGGCGGCUGCGUUGGGAACAGCCGUCGUGUCCGGCGCCGCGCGCAGGGCCGGAGAAAGCGCGUGCUUAGCACGCGCGUGCGAGAGACGCGCCGGAGAAAGGAGCGCCAGUCGGUUAGGAGCUCGCGACUAAAUGGGCGUCCGAGCUGCACGCGAGAUGCGCGCCGCGCUCUCCGCCCGAUAGCAGCGCUCCCGAGGGUGACCACUGCUCCGCAGCGCGCGGGCGACCAUGGCGACAGACAUCGACGAGGUGGACCAGUCGGUGGCUGCCGUCGUUCAAAGACGACAAUAUGGAGUAUACUGUUUUGGGCUGGUCAUAUCCUGCCUCUUGAUCAUAUUAAUUGUAGCUGUUAUAAUAGUGUUACUGUUAGUGGAAGGUGAAGAUGCAAAAAUUAUUCUUCCUGUGUUGCUGGUUCUCCUUGUUGCAAUAGCAAUAGGAUCAUUCUUGUUUAUAAGAUGGCAGCAUCAAAAAGCAGUCAAGAAACGCAACCAAGAAGCCACUGAAUGGAUUCAUCGCACUCUGAGUCAGCAGCAGCUUGCAACGGAAAACACAGAGACAGUAAAAUCAUCAUGGGCGUUUUGGAGGAAACUAUCAGCUGGAAGCAGUAAUGGCCGUCCAAUCCCAACAGCUCCUCCUGAUUCAGCAAACACAUCAAUGUCCACUGGAAGCAAACCUCAAAGUGAGGGCCCACCUGGAUAUCAAGCAGUUUCCACUCGUGAGAUUACAGUGUAAAUGAGCAUAUGCAGAAAACUUUACUUCUAUUUAUCUUUGUUGACUGCCAUCUUCAACCAUGGUAAUUCAAAGACUUGACCAGGAGAGUUGAAAAAUUGAAAACAGUAAAUUAAUUCAUGUGAAUCAAAUGAGAGUGGGUGCCAACUAAUAUCCAAAUUUAUCAAAAUUAAUUCCAAGAAGAUGACACUCUUGGGUAUAUUUAUGUAGACUCAUAAAUCCCAUUUAUAAAAGAAUUUUUCAUAUCAUUAGUGUCCUUUGGAAAAACACUACCUAUACUCUACAAAACGGAGAACUUGUUCAUGUGGAAAUUUGUUGAGAGAUGGCUUGUAAACUGUUGACAUAAGAGACCAAAUAUAUUCUUCACAGAAGACUCAGCAGAAAGUUCAAAUACAGAAAAAUACAUUAAAAAAUAUUUUCUUUGUAAGUGAAAAUUCCUUCUCAACAUACCAUAGCUAAAAUGAGUCAAGAAAUGAGUAAAUAAAGAAUAUUUUGUCAAGAUAUUCUUGUGUAAUAAAAGAACAGGUCUCUGUAGAAACUUCACCUAACAGAACUCUAAUAAAGCUAAUAUUUAAGGCUAACAACUUAAUAUGCAGCCACAUUUUGUGUGAGUGCUUAUAUAAUACUUGUAGUGAAUGCAAGAAGAGAAAAGUGAAAUGGUAUAAGGAGGUAGAAUAUAAAAUAAACAACUCGGAUAACUGUGAUAUUUCUAUAUUCAGUAAACAAAAGUAGGUAGCUUUGUAAUAAUGAAAUAUUUGUAAAUUGCAUUUGUAAAUGAUUGUGAAAAGGCAUUUUAUUACAAAACAUUAUCUUACUCUGAACUGUGGAAAAAAGAAUGUACUUGUUUAGAAACAAACAAUUAUUAUCUCCUAAAAUACACAUGUGAUUUACAGAAAUUUAACAGUAUCAGCAUUGUGAACAGAACAUUACAAUGAAAUUGUAAUAUCUUUGAUACAGUAAAAUGGUUAUUUUUUGAUUCCUGAGA